CCUUGGCACGUGACGUAAACACGUUCAUUUCCCCUUACGUUGACGCUCAUUGGGAAACAUGUCGGCUUCCGAGCCUUCGACAAAGGAGUCUCUAGAAGGAAAUGUCACAGAGUCUAUAGCUGGCCCAAGUCAAGUCAAGCAAGAUAAUGCUGAUGUCACCUUGCAUGCUGUUGCCACAAAAACAGAACCGGCCGGUGGUGUAACACAAGUGUUGAGUUCUCAGCAGCCUGAAAAGGAUGCACCCAAAGAUGGAGAGGAUGGCGCGUCCUCCCCUGUUCAUAAACCACCUCCAGGGUAUGCCGCCAAAUCCAUACAUUUGACUACCUCCUCCUUGUUGUCCUCCUCUGCUUCUACGUGUGUGGCACUGUCACCAGGCCGCGCAAAGAUGAGUGUUUCUGGGCCUAUUAGUAGUAAACCUGUACUGCCAUCUGCACUUCCAUCGUGCUCCUCUCCCUCUACCUUAUCGGAACCACCAAAAAUCCAUCGGGCACGUAAAACAAUGACCCGGCUACCACCAAUACAGAGGAGCCAAAUAGACACAACACCUGCACCUGUGACGCCGUCAGGGUCGUUGUCCGACACUGAAACUGUUGCGAAAAAAAGAAAACUUGGCGUUUUAUCUGCCAGCUCUCCUGACGAAACCGAGAACAUUUCUGACAAUACACAAAAACCGGAAUUGGAUUCAGAAUCACCGAGAGACACGCUGAUUCAGAGCAAGUCUCGAGAGUUUCCAUGGAAACAGGCAGAUCAGGCGACAGACAGAAUCAACUCUGAUGUGCUGGAGACAGAAGGAGCUGGAAGGUCCGCCGAGUACACCGAGGUUCCCUUGGAUGCACUGGACAUUGCUGCUGCCGACAGCCUGACACUCUCACCUCAUCAUGAGGGAAGCGACGGAGGCGACACGGAGCGGCUAGAGGAGCUUCCCCUUUGCAGCUGCAGGAUGGAAGCGCCUCGCUUCGACAGCACCAGCCACCGCGUCAGCAGACAGUGUAUGGCCACUGAGAGCAGCGAUGGAGAGCUGAGGCCCUGCACCAAUGUGACGGUCAAAGGAGAGACCAUGCGACCAUCUAGCCGGGUGCCCCUUAUGGUCCUUUGUGAGACCCAUCGCUCACACAUGGUGAAACACCACUGCUGUCCCGGUUGUGGAUUUUUUUGUGUAGCAGGAACAUUCCUUGAGUGCUGCCCGGACCAGCGCAUCGCCCACCGUUUCCACCGUGGGUGUGUCACGGUACUCGGGGGUGGGCGGAGCAGAACAAAUGGCGGAAUGCUUUUCUGUCCCCACUGUGGUGAGGAUGCCACUGAGGCUCAAGAGGUCACCAUGCCUUCCUUGAGCGCGGCGACAGCUUCCUCCACCAUGGUGGUCACCAUGUCGGCGUCCUCCACCACCACGCCGUCUUUGCCGCCAUCCGUCCCUUCGGCGCCAUCUCUCACAGCCUCCACAGGAGGGAUGAAAGAUGGGAAGAUGCCUGAAAGGCCUGUCAGUGCACGGAUGCGCAGCCAUGGAAUGACGCCUCUAACAGUGGAGCAACAGCAGCCGCCGGCGCCGCCUCCGCCUGUGCCCUCAACCGCAUCCGCCGCCACCGUGCCGCCUCCUGAGGAGGGAGUGGACAGCGUGGGGCCGUCUGUGUGUAUGCCAAAUGGGAAGCCAGUCACCCCCAGUGCUCUUCCACCAGGACCCAGCAGGGCGGCGCUCCAAAAGGCGAUUCUCACACAGGAUACCGAAAGGAGAAAGAAACUGAGGUUCCACCCACGACAACUUUACCCUGCUGUCAAACAAGGCGAAGUCCAGAGAGUUUUACUCAUGCUGAUGGAGGGCAUCGAUCCUACAUACCAGCCUGACUCUCAGAAUCGACGCUCUGCUCUGCAUGCGGCCGCUCAGAGAGGCCUUUUGGAAGUCUGCUACAUACUUCUGCAAGGGGGUGCUCAAAUUGAUGCUCAGGACAAGGACCUGAGAACGCCUCUUCUUGAAGCCAUCGUCAACAAUCAUGUAGAGGUGGCUAGAUACCUGAUCCAGAAUGGGGCUUGCGUCUAUCAUGUUGAGGAGGAUGGAUAUACUGGCCUCCACCAUGCAGCCAAACAGGGCAACCUUGAAAUUGUCAACACACUAUUGGAGACGGGACAGGUGGAUGUAAAUGCACAGGAUAGCGGUGGUUGGACGCCAAUCAUCUGGGCGGCAGAACACAAACACGUGCAGGUGAUCAAAGUGCUGCUGAACCGAGGCGCUGACGUUACCAUCAAUGACAAGGAGUUGAAUGUAUGUCUACACUGGGCAGCUUAUGCAGGAAAUGUGGACAUUGCGGAGAUGGUGUUGAACGCCGGUUGUUCCCUUGCCUCAGUAAAUGUGCACGGCGACACGCCACUCCACAUUGCCGCAAGAGAAGGCUACUUGGAAUGUGUUACCUUGUUUCUCUCGAGAGGUGCAGAUAUCGACACGAUUAACAGGGAGGGAGACACACCGCUCACCCUUGCGCGCCCCGACACGCCGGUAUGGGUUGCGCUCCAGAUCAACAGGAAGAUACGAAGGGGAAUAACCAAUCGCAUGCUUAGGACAGAAAGAAUUAUCUGCAGUGACAUUGCCCAGGGUUAUGAGAACGCACCCAUUCCAUGUGUAAACGCAGUCGAUGAUGAAGGCUGUCCUUCAGACUACAAAUACGUUUCAGAAAACUGUGAAACGUCAGCAAUGAACAUAGACCGUAACAUUACACAUUUACAGCACUGUGGAUGCACUGAUGACUGCUCCUCUAGUAACUGCCUCUGUGGACAGCUCAGCAUCCGCUGCUGGUAUGACAAGGAUCAGCGGUUGCUUCAAGAGUUUAAUAAGAUCGAACCGCCUCUAAUUUUCGAAUGCAACAUGGCCUGUUCUUGUCACCGUUCAUGCAAGAACAGGGUGGUACAGGCUGGCAUCAAAGUUCGCCUUCAACUCUACAGGACAGAGAAGAUGGGCUGGGGCGUUCGAGCGUUGCAAGACAUUCCCCAGGGAAGCUUCAUCUGCGAAUACGUGGGGGAGCUCAUCUCAGACGCAGAAGCAGACGUUAGAGAGGAUGACUCCUACCUUUUUGACCUGGACAAUAAGGACGGGGAGGUGUACUGCAUUGAUGCCCGUUACUACGGGAACAUCAGCCGCUUCAUCAACCACCUUUGUGACCCGAACCUCAUCCCCGUGCGUGUGUUCAUGCUGCACCAGGAUCUGAGAUUUCCACGCAUUGCCUUCUUCAGCUCCAGAGACAUCCUUAGCGGCCAGGAACUUGGGUUUGACUAUGGAGAUCGCUUUUGGGACAUUAAGAGCAAAUACUUUACCUGCCAGUGUGGCUCAGAGAAAUGCAAACACUCUGCAGAGGCCAUUGCUUUGGAGCAAAGCAGACUGGCUCGACUGGAGGCCAGUCCUGAGUCGGGAGCAGACUGCGGGUUGACCAUCCCCAUCAUUUAAUAGCAGAAAUAGGCAUUUGUUUAAUGUCCGGUGCUUUUUACUUUUUUCUGUGUCAGUUAUAUAUUUUCGCCACCAAACCACAGACUGAAUUGCAAUGUCAGCGAUCAUUUCCUUGAUGCUAAGACGAACAUGAAACAGUUGUCUUGAAAUGUCAUUAUUGUUGAAAUACUCUAUGCUCGUUGUUGGACAUUGUAUAUUUGACAAAACAGGUUUCAGCAUUAAUCUGCCAUUGUGUAACCCAUACUGCAUAUUUAGUGUUGGUGCCAAGAAACUGCUUUUUUAACCACUCUGGGAAGCCAGAAAUCCAAUUGAGUAGCAUGUAUUGGAGGCAUAGCAUACCCAUUUGUGUUUUUACAUCUGUCUUUUGUUGUUAUUUGUUUUUUAUACCUUUAUUUGAAAUAAUAAAUUUGAUGAACAUUUUUUCACAUUGAA